AUGGACAAUUUUGCACAGACCGGCAGUGAAGCAGAUGUCCUAUUCGCAGCCGAGGUCUCACCUCCCCAGAAUCCAUCCCCGAGCGCGCCCACUGAGCCACGGGCUUUUCCAUCAAAGGGUUCGGGUAAUAGAGGCGGAGGAGGUGGAGGUGGUAGCGGUGGGAGAGGUGGCCUUCAACCGAGAAGUGUCGAUCAAAGAAAUCCGCCAAAAGAAGCAAAGAUUGUAGAAGGUGCGUCGGAGGGCCCGGCCGCAGAGACCAAAGAUGCCCCAAAACAGCAAAAACAGGAUCGAACCCUUUCUGGUGGUUUGAAGAAGGCCAAACUUACAGAAGAGGAGCUUACGGAACGUAUGGCACGCGCAAAACUCAACAACGAGCGUCUGAUUGAGCGCCGCCGUAAGGCUGAAGAGGAUGAAAACUCUUUCCAGGUACAGGAAGAGGCGCGAAAGCAGGCGGAUGCUACUAAACGAAUUGUUGAGCGUAAGAAAAAGGUUGAGCAAGAAAGGAGUAGAAAAGAGCUGGACGAUGAGCGAGCGAAGAAUAGGCAAAGGAAACUCAAUGCGGUUAAUAGUCGGGAAUGGGACUCAACAAAGACCGAGGAAGAUUAUAAUCCCAGAAAAGGAUCUUCACAAUUUCGUAGAGGUGCAUACGGGGGUGUCGUCGACUCUACACGUGGUUCACCCGCUAGCCGUGGCUUCCGUGGCGCCCCUAGUGGUCCCCGUGGUUCUCCGGGCGGUCCCCGUGGUUCUCCAGGCGCCCCCCGUGGUGCACCCAGUGGCCCCCGCGGAGCUUCGGGUUCUAACAGGGAGGCUGCAGCAUCUAGAGGAGCGCCCAGGAACUCAAAUACAACACAAGAAUGGCCUGCCCUCCCCACGGCAUCUAAGGACAAUGCCUCUGCAGAUACAUCAACUCAGGCUGAAGCCGCCCCAAAGCUUGCAACGCCUACCAAUGAUCAACCUACAAGCUUGGAAGGCCAGCCUUCCACAGAGGAGAAGACUCCCGCAGAAGGAGAAAUAUCUACAGAGGGUAAAGCUUCUACAGAAAACAAUGCUUCUUCAGAAGUAAAGGCCCCCGAGAAGUCUCCCGCAAUAGGCGGUUUGGAUACCAAAUACAACGUCGGGGAUAAUUUAACCCCACUCUCCCCUGCUGUGGGUGGGGAUUCAUGGGCGGAACAAGUUGAAUCGGCUUCUUGA